GGAGAAGAGGUGGAAUGGCAACGGUGGCCCUAUGUAGGCUGACGGGAGGAUUUUUGGAACUUUUUGUACUGGGUCAGGUCGGGAGAGACAGAUGUUGAGAUACCAUCUAUCAUCAUAUACCCUGGUUUACCCUGGUUUACCCUGGUUUACCCUGGUUUACCCUGGUUUACCUUUUGUGCGCCUUCCCAAGACCUUCAUUCUUCACCCACAUCCUGUUUCAGAAUCUGGACUCUGGCAGCUCGAUACCGUUCGCACUUGUCUAUUACAACAACGAUCGUACAUUGGAGAUAACGGCGAUACAGGCCGGAUCAGCUGUCUAUCUCUCUUCAGCAGGAGCGGGCCGAUCCCACGACUAGUACCGGACAUGGGUCUUAUGGGUGGGCAUCACGCAAGUGACGCAAAAACCACGCUUUUGAUGUCAUGGAAGACUAUAUAAACCAAUGACAAUCGUGUUCAGGAAACUCCGACGUGCCAAUGAUAAGUCUGGUGGGCGACGUU